GGCGGAGGAGGAGAGGCUGAAUCACAAGGACAAAGAGCAGGAGUGUGUGAGGGACUUUAUGCUUGAAUGAAUGAUGAGGACUACAGUUCCACUUCCUUCUUCACCGGAGGAUUUUUAACUGGAUUACACUUCCACUUAUUCAGCACUUUGAUAGGGGAUUGACCUCCUGUUAUCAACCCCAGCCUGCAAAACUGCUCUGUGAUCCAUAGUAGCAAAAAUGCCGUUUAGUUUCCCAGUCAAGGACAUGGUCUCCUGAGUGGCCCUAUCACCUACACAUCACAGGGGUAAGACCAGUCUAUCCCGGGCGAUGACAGCGCUGCUUUACAACGUAAGCGUUCCUGGGAAUACAGCUGCUCAGCUGCAGGCCACAUACUCUCCCUUCAACCUGAGUGCAGCAGCAGCUCAGGAUGCACUCGGCUCAGGAAAGUCACUGGCCCCAUUCUGCACCAUCUGUUGCUGUGGAUAUGUCAAUCGUACCUUGGCAGUGGUGUUCAUGGUUAUCCUGGCCUUCGCCAUUGUGGUUGGAAAUGUGGUCAUCCUUACUGUCUUUGUGCAAACGAGGCAGUACCGAACACCACAGGGAUACCUAAAAGUGUCUCUGGCCAUAGCAGACAUAAUGGUGGGCGUCCUCGUUGUCCCUUUCUGCGUCUACACCGAGAUCUCUCUCAUGUUGACCAGCUCACCUCCGUCUUGGUACCAGGGUAGUUCUACUUUCCUGAACACCUCUCUCGGGGGACUGGUGAGCACUUGGCAGCCCUGCCUGCUGAUUGGCCCCGUAUUUGCUGGAUGCACCUUUGUCUCCAUCAGCACUAUCUUCCUCAUGACGCUGGAGAGAAGUGUGGCCAUUCUACGACCUCUCCACAAGGAUGCCUUGGUGACCGGGAGAAGAACUCUACUGCUCAUCCUGCUCUCCUGGGCUGCCAGCUUCCUGUUGGCUCUCGCACCCCUCAUCUUCAGCAGCAACUUCAUUUUGGAGUACAAUGAGUGCAGUCGUAUGUGUAACUACACCCCUCUAAUGUUCAGGAGCCAGCUGCCACCCGAUGCCAACAUUUUGCUGUUAUUCCCAGCAUUUGACUUCACACUGCUUGGUGGGACAUUAGCAGUUAACAUUGUGUCUUUUACAAGCAUCAGACGGUACUCCCAAAAACGCAAACUGCUCUCAGAAGGGAGUCUGAGUGACGGAGCGGGAGGAGGAGGUGCGGGAGGGUGCUCUCACAGGCCCUCCUUUUCAGACAUUAAAGCCGCCAAGACAAUAAGCAUACUCACAUUUGCCUUCACAGCAUCAUUCUCUCCCAUCGCAGUGUUUGUGCUCGGGAACGUGGUGGGAUACACCUGGUGUAACUUUUCCUUUUUUGCCUUCUGGAUGCUGACAGGAAACAGUUGCUGUAACGUCAUUAUCUACAGUGUCAGGGACCAUCGCUUCAGGAAGGGUUUGAAACUGCUCUUUCAGCGAGAUCACUCCCCCCCACAUGCUGAGAAGUCCUGAGGGACUUGAAGUUGCUUUCCAUUCAUUUUAUUUUAAAAGGAAUAACUUGGCAUAUUGCGAAUAUGUCAUUUCUUGCUGAUAACUUCUGUAUUGUACAUAUGUACUUAGAGGCAGGGGGUUAUAUAUUAUAUACAGUAUAUAUUCUACAUUUUCUGCUCUUCUUUGUUUUAACAGUUUUUGUACAGAAUAAUAAGCAAGGUUUACUGUGCUCAUUUUCAGUUUUAAACAAGCUGGUUAGCACAUUUUGUUACCUUUUGACAGAGCCAUGCAAAGCAAAUCUAGAUUACUUACUAGAUUGAGCUACAUUUUGACAGUGUUUAUCCGAGAAGAGAGUGGUUAUAUUUUUAUAUAACCUGACUCUUGGUAAGAAAGUGCAUGUUCUGAAAUGUCAAACUUUACUCUUAAAUUCAAAUGUAACACCAUAUUAACAAACAAAGGUCAUUCAAACAUGAAUUCAUGCAGGGAUGCAACUUUUUGCUCUUGAACCUUUUAAAUUGUAGCCUUAUUAAAAGUCUUUCCCAUAUCCAUAUUUGUCUUUGAAAAGUGUGUUGCGGGACCAAAAGUGUAUCUCCAGGAGCAGCACCAAUAUUGGUUCAUGUUUUAUGUCAGUGGAGGGGAUAUUAAUCGAUAUUAAUCCUGCCACUGUGUCCUCUUUGAGUUAUUGCAUAUAAAUGUCAGCCAGCAGUCUAAAUCUUAAAUUAGAUUCGGUUUGUGGGACUUACAUUAUUUUUCAUCAUAUUGCUUUAAAACGAUCAAAAUGGAUUUUACCAGUUACAAUGUAAGCCAUUUGCAUUGUGCCAAAUGUAAAACAAUGUACAUUUUGUCCAAGCUUUAUUUUAAAGGUUGGACAAAAUUGAAGGUUGGAUAAUAUUGUGUUUUCUGUAAUUUAUGUGAAUUAAAUGAUGAUUUUUACAUCGUUUGAGUCAGUAUAAAGUUUACUGCUUUAACAAAUAAACUAUACUAUAGUCUAUACUAUAGACUAAAUGAAAAGGAUGCUUACAGCGAGACAUAGGAUAAAGAGCAUGAUUAUAGCAGGCCUUCAUACUGCGCCUAUCAUUCAGGUUAUAUAUAUAAAUAUAUUUUCACAAUUGUUGCAAUGUUGCAUGUAAUUCUGUCCUAAUAAAAAUGCCUUUUGAUAUGGUACCAGCAGAAAUAUCAAUAAGCAUAUUUCCCAAAAUGUAAACCUUUUCCUUUAAAUCAACUGAUUGACAAUCCCAUGCAUGUUGAUGAAAUACUUUUGUUUAAAUACAAAUGGUGCUGUUGUGUACUGCAAGUUGACCCUCAAAAACACAUCUUUUUUGAUGUCACAAUCAGGGAAAACUUUAAGUUCUUCAGCAUCCUGACUAUGAUGGUUCUGUGUAAGAAAACAAGUGAUUAUUAUUGUGCUGAUGUUAAAUCACUGUACAGAGUUGUAUCAGUAGUGCAUAAUUCAUCAUGGGUGAUUGCAUCAUUUUGCAUCAGAUUGCAUUAUAAUAAAUGUGUUUGCAAACAUU